UUUUUAUUUUGACAUCCGUUGAUAAAAUGAAUGAGCAUGAGCAACAUUGUUAUUUAUUUAUUAAUAAAGGAAGUAUAUAAAUAAGUCAGAGAUUUGUCUCAUUAUGAUUAAUUUUUUGAUAACUAUGCAGAAUUCACCGAGAGAGUAACUGAUAUCAUGAUAGAGACGUAUUACAUGAAUCAUUGGGUGAAUUCCCCUUGAAUACCCAUUGCUCGCUAGUUCUUCCACAAGUGUUGCUAAGUUAUUUGAUAUUUUUUUAUUAUCAUAUCACAAUGGUUGAAAAGAAAUUGAUACCUAUUAAAGCUCAUUUUUUCUUUUUCAUGGCUGCACUUGGUCCUAUUCUACCACAACUCCAAGUAUUUGGAAAAGAGUUGGGUAUUUCUUCAGUUGUUAUGGGAAUGGUAACUGGUAUACUUCCCUUUAUCUAUCUCUUGGCUAAACCUUUGUUUGGGAUAAUAGUGGAUGUACAUAGAAAUUGCAGGAAGACAAUAUUUAUGGGUCUUAUACUCAUAAUGGCAGUUUGUUAUGGAUGCAUAAUUUUUAUACCUCUAAGGACUUACAAUAUUUAUAAUGUUAAUAUUGAGGAUGUCAUCUAUAGGUGUGAUAAUGUAGUGCAGAAUACAAGCAGCACUGAUUUCAUUGAUGUAGAUUGUACUUCAGAAUGCUUGACAAAAAUGGAAAAGUAUCAGCUUUACUUAAAUACUUAUACUACAUCAAAUGCAUCUUUAUGUGAUACAACAGAUGAAAAUCAAAUUGGAGAACUUCCAUGUACAUUUCGAUGCAAGGAAUCCAUCGAAAUUCCUAAUGAGGUUUUGUUGAAGACUGCAUCUUUUUGGUUUUUCAUCAUUCUGCUCUCUGUUGGAACCAUUGCUUUUAAUGUUGUAAAUUCCAUAAGUGAUGCAGUUUGCUUCGAUGUUAUUGGUGACCAAUAUGACUAUGGAAAGCAAAGAAUAUGGGGCUCAAUCGGCUAUGGAUUAACAGCUCUCCUGUCAGGUUAUGCUAUGGACAAUUUUUUGAUAAAUAUGGAAGGUUAUGGACCAGCUGUGUGUAUUAUGCUGAUUUUUGCUACACUCGACCUGUUCUCAUGUGUGAAGUUAGAUUUGCCAAUUAUUCCUGCUCCUGAAAAUAUUUGGAAGGAACUGAGACACUUGAUGAAGUAUAAAGUGGUUUGCAUCUUUUUGAUUUUCACAAUAAUAGCUGGGGCUGCUGAUGGAUUUCUCACCUACUUCCUUCUAUGGUAUGUAGAAGAUAUAUCUGAACAGUAUGACUUGAAGAAUGUGAAAGUGCUAGAAGGAAGUAUUAUAGCUGCAGAAAGUUUGGGAGGAGAAAUCUUGUUUUUCUUUAUAGGAGAUAACAUUUUGAAGAAACUUGGACAUGUGACAUGCUUCAGCGUCUGUUUUCUUUGUUAUGCUCUACGCCUUGCUGUUAUUUCAAUGGUAUCAUCCCCUUGGAUCAUUGUUGGCGUAGAGUUUUUCCUUCAAGGACCCUCAUAUGCUCUAACAUAUCUCACUAUUGUUGCUUAUGCUAAUGAUAUCGCACCUUCUGGUACCUCUGCAACCAUGCAAGGUAUAGCAGCUGGAUUAGACGACGGUUUAGGAUAUGCACUGGGUAGCCUCACAGGUGGCAUUCUUUACCGGUACAUAGGUCCAAGGAGAACAUUCCAAAUAUUUGCAGCUUCAAGUGCUCUUGCUGGAAUUUUGCACUACCUUAUUCAUCUUUGUUUUCUCCGCAAAACAGCAUCACCCAGAAGAUAUGAAGCAGAAUACUCGUGUGUUUCGCAGACAAGCAAUCCUCUUUAAUGAGGUUAGUGUAUAUGGUGCAUAUUUCCCUACCAAAAUAACCACAAACUAACAUAUAAUUGUUAUAUUUGGUGGCUGAAACCAUUAAGCACAAGAAAAGACUUCAUGAAAUAAAUAUAAAGCGAAAUAUAGCAGCUUUAUUCGCUAGCAAUUUUGAACUAGUUCUGAAAUCAGUGGGAAUUUCUUCUUUCUCACAAUACAAAAAUAACCAAACAAUUCAGAACAUUCAAUCAAAACAACCAUGCAAACAUUGCAAACAUAGAAUUAUUCUUGGUGCCUUGGGGGAAAUUGUUAUAUUGGUAGGAGAUUCGCCACAUAUGUCAUCGAUCAAAAUAGCGCAUGAGCCAUUUAGUUGUGGAUAUCAUAAGCAUCAAUUCUGAAUCAUGGUUCAUAAUCUGGGAUUUCAUAUUUCCACCCAUGCAGAAAGAAUAAUCAAUAACGAAAAAUUCUGUUUGCAGGUUUUGAAAAAUUCUUGUUAUUUUUACAUUGAUGGGAAUUUGAAAUCCUCACGGAUUCAAAACCUAUUCAUAAUUGCAACACGAACAAAGCUAAUAUUGUUUCGAGUAUCUACUGCAUUUUGAUGUUAAUAAACAUUAAUUUCAUGAAUCCAAACUGUUUCAUACUAUUCCCUUGGCUAUUAUAAUUAUCUGUAUUAAAUGCGGACAACUUUGUUCGCUUUCAUGUGGUCCAAAAAGAAAUAAAUGUCGAAAUUUCA